UCAAGUUGAAAUUGAGUGGAACAUGUUGUAUUGUGUUACCUUGGUGAUGGUAGGUGCAGCUAUUUACAAACUCAAGUUAAUACUGUGAAUGACUCAGGUGCUUGACACGGUAGAAUCGGAGUUAAAUCGCUGCACAGGUCAGCAUACUGAAAAAUACAUUCUCAGCUGUCGCCGUGGCCAGAAGACAUGUUCAGUAAGAACACGAUAUGUCAAGUCCUGUUUGCCUCUCUCUGCAGGUGGGACAGUGGAGAUGAUGUACGAGCGGAGCGACGCCCUCUCUCAUUGAUGGAUGUCCUAAAGGAGACCGGUCUCCUUGUACCGGCUUUGAAUUCAAUGCAGACCAGUGCGUUGGACCAGACCGAUAAGGCAAAAAAUCUGAUAUCUGGAUCAUGUGAGCUGAGAGGUAAUCUAAAGCUGUAUGGCGCUGCAGAUAACACCUUCCCCCUAUCCUCCUCGGUUGCUGUAUUGAGUGCCCAAAGAGGUGGUUCAGAUGGCCACAGAGUAGCACUGGCAUUAAGAGAGUACUGUCUCCCAAGCCUACCCUCACCACAGACUCUAACUGAGACUCCUGAGCAGCCCACUGAUGAAUCCAGCAGCUGUGCCAUAUCCCUCACAGCUUGUGUUACCAAGGAUGUAAAUCCCUGGUCCCUGUCAGAGGACAGUAAUAAACCACCCCUCAACAUGAUGGAGCCAAUGGGCAUGUCUGAGAUGGCAGAGGACUGCCUAAUCCAGCAAAGCCGCACUUGCCUGGGCUGCAUCAUUGAGACCAAGGAUGCACUGGCUAAUGAGCCCAUUAUCAACUUAAAAAUGACUGACAUGAAUCGUGAGUAUGAUACUUGCUCCAUCUCAAACAUGCAGUGUAUGGGCCUCAGUGAAACAGGCAAUUGCUCAGAGCAAAUUCUGGCUGAUCAGCUUUUGAGCUUUCCCAUGCCUAAAUCUCAGAUGGGGGAGAAAAAGAAUUUAGAUAAAACAGAAAAUGACCCAGAUCAGACAUCCAGAAACAUUUAUGAAGGCCUUCUACUGGACAAAUGCAAUGGAGAGGAUGGUCUGCUCCCCAGUUCAAACCAGGACUGGGGUUACAUCGAGUCGUUUAUUACUGAGAGCAAAAUGGAGUUGCUGGACCUAUGUUCCAAAAAUGAGCUCUCAGUAAACCUUUUCUCGGAGGAGGAUGUGGAUAACUAUAUGUUUGACGACGAUGAUGAUUCUGCCCUGAGCACUGACAUGUGCUCACUGAAAAUCCGCUACGAGUCUUUCCAGGACAACAUGAGGGAAAAGACGAAUGUCCUGCAGGAGGAAACGCAGUUUAACUUUUUUCCCAGUGUCCUGGUAAACUCCACGAAAAUAGAGGGUAGUGUGGUAAAGAAGAGUGCAGAUGGCCUCUUAUCUAAACCUGAAGACCUUGCAUUAGAGAAUGAACAUAAAGAAAAUAGCAGUGAUAGCUCCUUAGAGAGGGCAUCUGAUUACAGUCCAAAAAUUAACUACGUUAUCGAUUCUAGCAGCUCAACUGAAGACUCAGAGGACUACAGUGAUGACAGCUCUAGCACUGUGUCCUCCAUUGACAUUUUUCAUGAGAGCAAAGAGAGAACCUUGUUUUCACGAAAGAAUGUUUGCUCUUCCAACCCCCUAAACUAUGGAUUAAGAGCGAAAAGAAAAGUCAGGUACAGUGACGACUACCUUUAUGAUGUUGACUCCAUCGAAAGUGAAAAAAACAAUGAAAAGCGUGAACAAGCACCUUCUGGUCCAAGACAGGACGAGGAUGAUGACUGGUGCCCUAAAAAGAGAAGAAAAUCUUCCCGCAAAGAGCCGCCCGUGAUAAUCAAAUAUAUUAUCAUCAACAGGUUCAAAGGAGAAAAACACAUGUGCGUAAAGCUCGGCAAAACUGAUCCAACAGUCACGACUGUAAGUUUAAACGAGAACGCAGUUAGUGAAUAUGAAAAACUGGCUCCUCUGAAGGAUUUCUGGCAGAAGAAACAGAGGGAGCAUGAAGAACAGCUUAGACUGCAUGCAGAAGAUCGACACAAUUUUCAUCUUAAUGGCCGGAAUCGACCGUUUAGUUCUAGCCCUCCCAAAAGGAAAUACAAGCUAGCAAACAGACUUAGGAUUCAGAGGAUUCAAGCCGUGCUGCAAUCACCCCACAAGCGGGGCUUCUCUUACUCUGACCUAAGGCAGGAAUCUGCCUCUAAAGAAGACACAGCUCCCAGAGAAAGAUCGUUAACAAUAUCCAGCCCCAGUUGUUCAAGUACAUUAGGCCCGAACGACAUCAUACAAAUCGUUACCCCAAAAAGCAGAUCACAAGAGAGGGAGGAGAGGAGAAUAGGAAAUAAAAUGGUUAGAAUCCGGAAAUUCAAAAGCGAAGCAAGGCUCAGAAGCGAGAAAAUGAAGAAAUUUGAAGAGAACUGUGAAAGCAAGGCAAAUAAGACUGAAGCAUGUGCUGUGGCAGAAAACAAGGACACAGUAGGGGGUGGGAAUGAAACAGAGAUCAACUCAGCUGCACACAGUCCUCAGAGUCAAACAGCUGAGACCACUGAAAAAAUAGUUUUCAUGUCUGACACAUGCUCCUAUAACAAAGCUACAUCAUCUGAUGAUGUGGCCACAGGUAUGUCUGUUAUCCCUGGUGGCUAUCUGCAGACAUUGUUGGAAGCCUCAGACUCCUUGGGUGGCUCUGGUGCCACCUUUUUUCCUCAGCAGAACCCUAGGCAACAAUCUCUGGGUCUGUCUCUGGAAGAGCAGCAAUUUGCUUCUCUUCAGCUGGCCCAAAGCUGUGUACUCUCCCCACCCUCUGAAUCGGAGCUCCAACAGUCUCCUCAGAACUGCCCGAGUCUCACUCAAAUGUGGCACACCCAGCUUGACCCAAAUCAGCAGUUCACUACUGAUAUCCCUGAGACAGCAGUCUUGCCCAACAACUUCCCUAGUACCAUGUCUUUGCCAAUCUCAGCGAACCUUGCAGUUCCAGGGUACAGUCAGUUGGGGCUGGACACCAAUAGAAUGCUUUAUGAAAAAAAUUACAUGCCUGAGCAGGCACUGCCACCUGAUUCAGAUUUCCAAGCAUGUCAAGUUCCCAGCAUGGAAGGCCAGCUCCAGGUUCAAAGAGGGACACUGCACAGUGACAGUGGAAGGCUCAUCAGUUUCGACUCAGUUGGCUCGUUGUCAGCUACUUCCAGCAAUUACAGCUCUCUAAGUCUCAAGUCUUGUGAGAAAGAUGGCGAGAAUAAUGUGAACGAGAAUUUUCUGGCUCACUGCAGUCCCAAACUGGUGAUUCAGCAGAGCAUUGAUGCAAUCACACCACUGAGGGAGUCAACAGACUUGCUAGAUAUCUCCAACUUCACUCCUGAUAAAUUCAGACAUGCAUCACUGUCAGAGCUCUCACCUCCUGAGACACCCAACUUGUCCCCGCAGGUCACAUGGCGAGAGUUGAAGAUAUUGGGAAAUCCCAAGGUUCUCCAGAAUGGGUCUGAGCUGACACUGGAGGGAGCUCAAGAGGUGAAAUGGAAUUGCAACAUGAUAGAACACCAAGAACACCUGGCUGGAUUCGCAGUAGAUAAUCACCAGUAUCAGUUGCACAGUUCUAAUAAUGACAACCAUAUAAGCCUGGAAAAGAAGUCAAUAAAAGAAACUGACUUUGAUGAGCAUGGUCCUGACAUGAUCAGUGGGAAAAAGGGCUCAAAGAGGAAAAGCGGCAACAAGCAAACUUCAGGACAAAGUGCUAAAAAAAGCAAAGCAACCAAACCAAAAGCUGCAAAGGGAGAGAAGGUCAAGACCCCACGACAAAAUUCGCGAGCAUCCAAAAAGCUGAAAGCCUUACUGGAUGAAAAGACUAAAGGUCAUCUCGAAGACUCAAAGUGUAUGACACACCAGCUGACAGAUAGCAGCUCUGAGGACUGGCCAGGAAUAGGCUGGUCAGAGACCAACAGUUACACAGAUGACCAGCGAGAGUUUGAAGAGCCAUCCAACAUCCUCUCUAACAUAGUAUCAGGGAUGGCCGAAGUGCAGCGUUUCAUGAUGACCUCAAUCGAGCCAAUAUGGGGUCCUGCAACAGACAUCUGUUUACCCUCAGAGGCAAACAGUCUAAAGUUAAAGACUCUCAAAAUCCUGGCAGGAACCUCAUCUGAGCCCAAGAAAAAAGGCGCCGUGUCAGCUGAAGGUACAAAAGGCAAGAAAGGAGGGGGAGGGGGAAAAUGUGGCAAAAAUCAAACUAAGUUCAAUGCCUCUCAUCCACUUUUCCCCCAGUUGACUCUGGGCUGUAACAUGUUCGAUAAGUCUAAUCUUGGGGUACCAGGCACAAAUGGACCUGCACACAAAAAAAUGUACCGUCACAAAACCAGCGCGAAAUUCCCUCGGAUUGAAAACGUUAAAGGCAAGCGGGCUGAUCCAAAUAAGGACAUAGCAUUGAUGACCUCAUUUGAAAAACUGAGGAGUAUUACUGGAACUUAUCUUAGAGGGACAUUUCUAAGCCAUGGAAACUCACUUUUUUGGGUGUCCCUGUACAGAAAUGCACUAUUUAAUGACAACAUGAAUUCUAAAGAUCAAUGUGCCAAAUGUAAACUCUGUGCAAAUUUAUUAUCAAUAUAAAUACUGGCUGUUGAAUUUUACUAUUCAUAAGAAGUUUGGCCAUACCCUUUUCAAGACUGAGAGUUAACAUUCCAGAUUUUUCCUCUUUCCUUUUGGGAUCCUAUAUUGUGAAGAGCACCUGCAGCUGACAGUGGUACAUAGCCACUCACAUAACCAAAACAGCGAGACUGAACUGUUCUUUUUUUUUGUUUUUUUGUUUUUUUCCACUGACUUGCCAAAAUCAAUUUACCUCAGCAUUAUGUGGCUUUGAAAAUAAAGACAAACAAGAAAUGACGAAAAGCACAGAAGAAGAUAUGGACACUGUCCCUUCUGGGUAGACAAGGACACCAUACUGACAUUAAAGGGUGAGCAUGGUAAUGAUUAUUUGAUUCCUUUUACUGAAAUGAAUGGGAAUGCUUGUUUCAAGUUAUUUCAAAUGAGUGCUGAAAUUAAAAGGAAUACUUUGGGAGAAAUGCACAUAAUUCAGAUACGUUUCUACAUGCCUCCAACGCAAGAAAGAUUAAUCAGUCAAUUCAGGAAAGAUAAAAAUGUACAAAAAUCUUGAACGUAAUCUUGAGCGAUUAAAAUAUUUUGGUAGUCAGAUUCUGCUUCAGGAACUACAUGGCUAACAAACGCAUAAUGGAAGUACUGAUUUACGAAGGUCCGAAAGGCCAUCCAUUAUUUUUUCUUUCCUCCAAAUGAUCUCAAGAUAAAGACGACUUAUUCACAUAAUCAUGAGGUGUAGCUAAUUGUUUUUUAUCGAGACAAUGAACUGGUCAGGUAGACUUGGAGAUACAUUUAUAGGAGAUUUCUUGCAAAUCUUUCAGUCAAAGGGUGGCACAGUAGCACAGUGGGUCGCAUUGCUGCCUCUCAGCCCCAAGGUCCUGGGUCCGAGUCUGCGCUUGGGUUACCGUCUGCAUGGAGUUUUGUGUCGGGUUUCCUCCUACUUCUCCGAAAACAUGUAGGUAGGCAGGUUAGUGAUACUAAAUUGCUCCAAGGUGUGAAUGUGCAUGCAUGGUAAACUGCAUCUUCUUGUGAUACAGUUGUGGGAGCUUUAUGCGUGAAAAAUGUUAAACACAACAAACAUUUUUUUUAUAGCC